UGUCACAUUAGUCUACCGACGGGAACGUUAUUGAUGUCUUCACCUAUAACUUUGUGCCCACAGAUGACAGCAAACACCAAUUAUGGUUUCUUACAUAUUUAAAUAGACGGUGGAGUAUUUCAAGACAUUGCGCAUGGAUCGCUCAUCAGUUAUGGUAUUGGAAUCCUAAGAACGUAUUCAACAUGAAGCAUUUAAAAGUUAAGAUACAAGCUGCUUGUUUCUUGCUGCGUCUUAAACUAUUGCUGUUAGGUUCUUGUCAAGCAAGGGAGUUCCGACUGGGGAUGUUGAGUCCGUUCCGACAUGUCCGACUUGGCUGGGAGAACAAUGCGGCAGCAGCAACUUUGGCCAUCGAGAGGGCACAGGGAGAAGGACUCCUCGCUGGUCACAACAUCACAGUAAGAUGGAGGGACGAUGGCUGCAGCGCGCUGAAGGGGUCCGGCAACACUGUUCUGUUGAGGGAUGAAGAUGACGUUGACGUCUUCAUAGGACCGCCAUGUUCGAGUUCUACAGUGCCCUCUGGCCUCUUAGCCUCGUUUUGGAAUCUGCCAAUGUUCAGUCAGGCGUCCACUGACCCACAACUGGGCGAUAAAACAGUGUACAAAACAUUAGUAAGACUUGGGCCCCCCUUCAACAAAAUGGGCAGGGCAUUUGUUGAGAUAUUUAACUAUUAUAAAUGGUCACGUGUUAUCAUCAUAUCAAGGCGAAGAACGGACAACAAGAACGUUUUUUGUGAUUAUUCGUCUCGCGCGGCGGAAGAGAUUUUCAGAGCCAGUGAUAUGACAGUCGCUGACUGGAUCGUCAUUGAUGAUGGCAUUGGUGAAAGUGAAAUCGACGACCUGCUGUUGAAGAUCCAGCAACGAGGAAGAAGUAUGGAUCAUGUUUUAUUUGUAAUGGUUGAACAUUGA